UGCUGAAUGACUCCGGACUCUUGAGUUCUGCGUUUGGAGCUGGCUGCCAGGGCGCUUGAGUCACAGGACCUUCAGCCUUCAGGAGGCAGCUAUUUCAGGAGGCAGCUCUGCUUCUGAGAGCUCUCUGUUCCUAGCUUCAGAUGCAGUCCUGAUCUAAGAUCAGCAGACCCCGUGUACUUCAAGGUGGCCAGAUGCUCUCUUAGAGGUUAGAGCGAUAGCAUGUUUUUAGAAUGGCUGCGUCCUCGUCCGCGUUUUCAGAACAAUUCUAGCAUCUAAUGAUCUACGUUUUCAGGCCGGUGGUGGCAAGCAACUGCUCUGAGUAGGACAGAUACGGUGCUAUGUAGGAUUGUGGCGUCACACGAAUCAGCAGUUGGACGGAAAGAGCAAGAACUGUUUGUCCAAAAGGUCGUGGUCAACCGGGGUGACCUUUUUCCAAGUAUAACUCUGACGACAUAGUCAAAGGGUCAAGAUGAGUGCCUCCAAACCCAAAAAGUCGUUCAAGAUCGAGCCGUUCAAGCAUAAGGUGGAGAUGGACCCUGACUAUGCCAACAACACCUGGAAAGUGCUGGAGGACGCAAUCCAUGAGAUUUACAACCAUAAUGCCAGCGGCCUGAGUUUUGAGGAGCUCUACAGGAGCGCCUACAACAUGGUCCUUCACAAGUAUGGCAAUAAGCUGUACGAGGGCCUGACCACCACAAUGACCAAUCAGCUGCAGAAGGUGGCGGGGCAGAUUGACGCUGCUCAGGGGGACACCUUUCUUGAGGAGCUCAAUCUGAAGUGGCUGGACCACAACAAAUCGCUCCAGAUGAUCCGAGACAUUCUAAUGUACAUGGACCGGACAUACGUCACCAACCAGAACAAGGUUCCGGUGCAUGAGCUGGGGCUGAACCUGUGGAGGGAUGCUAUCGUGCGCAACGGCAGGAUCCGGGACCGCCUGCUGAAGACGCUGCUGGACCUGGUGCACAAGGAGCGCACGGGGGAGGUGAUCAACAGGGGCCUGAUGCGCAACGUGACCAAGAUGUUCGUCGACCUCGGGCAGACCGUCUACCUGGAAGACUUCGAGAAGCCGUUCCUUGACGCCACCGCCGACUUCUACAAGGCGGAGGCGCAGCAGUUCAUCUCCACGAGCGACUGCACCGACUACCUGCGCAAGGCCGAGAAGCGGCUAAAUGAGGAGAUCGAGCGGGUGGCGCACUAUCUGGACCAGAAGACGGAGAGCAAGCUGACGACGGUGGUGGAGCGCGAGAUGAUCGGGAACCACAUGAAGCUGCUGGUGGAGAUGGAGAACUCGGGCCUCGUGUCGAUGCUGACCAACGACAAGUAUGAGGACCUCGCGCGCAUGUACAACCUCUUCCGGCGCGUCCCGACGGGCCUCCAGACAGUGCGGGACCUGAUGACGUCACACCUACGCGAGACGGGCAAGCAGCUGGUUACGGACCCCGAGCGGCAGCGCGACCCGGUCGAGUUCGUUCAACGGCUGCUCGACGAGAAGGACAAGUACGACCGGCUGAUCGCGCAGAGCUUCGGCAACGACAAGACGUUCCAGAACGCGCUCAACAGCAGCUUCGAGUUCUUCAUCAACCUGAACACGCGCUCGCCCGAGUUCAUCUCGCUAUUCGUGGACGACAAGCUCAAGAAGGGGCUGAAAGGCGUGAGCGAGGAGGACGUCGAGGGCGUGCUGGACAAGGUCAUGAUGCUCUUCAGGUACCUGCAGGAGAAGGACGUGUUUGAGAAGUACUACAAGCAGCACCUGGCGAAGCGGCUGCUGUCGGGGCGGACAGUGUCGGACGACGCGGAGCGCAGCCUGAUCGUGAAGCUCAAGACGGAGUGCGGCUACCAGUUCACGUCCAAGCUGGAGGGCAUGUUCACCGACAUGAAGACGUCCAAGGAUACGAUGGCCGCCUUUCAGCAAAAGAUGGUGGAAGAGGGGAACGACUCGGACAUUUCGCUACAGGUCCAAGUCCUGACGACAGGUUCGUGGCCAACCCAGCCGGGCGCCAAGGCCACCCUCCCCCCCGAGAUCCUGGAGCAGUGCGACAAGUUCAAAAAUUUCUACCUCUCCACGCACACCGGCCGGCGGCUCUCCUGGCAAACUAACAUGGGCACGGCGGACCUGCGGGCGACGUUCGCGCACAGCCGACACGAGCUCAACGUGUCGACGUACCAGAUGUGCAUCCUUCUGCUGUUCAACAACGCAGACGCGUUGUCGUACCAGGAGAUCCAGGCGGCCACCGAGAUUCCGGUGGCGGAUCUCAAGCGGAAUCUGCAGUCGUUGGCGUGCGUCAAGGGGCGGAACGUGCUGCGGAAGGAGCCGGUCGGGAAGGACGUGGACGAGGAUGACGUGUUCCACUUCAACGACAAGUUCACGAACAAGCUGCACAAGAUCAAGAUCGGGACGGUGUCGGCGCAGAAGGAGAGCGAGCCGGAGAAGCAGGAGACCCGGCAAAAGGUGGAGGAGGAUCGGAAGCCGCAGAUUGAGGCCGCGAUCGUGCGGAUCAUGAAGUCGCGGCGGUUGCUGGACCACAAUAACAUCAUUAGCGAGGUCACGAAGCAGUUGCAAUCGCGAUUCUUGCCAAACCCCGCGGUGAUCAAGAAGCGGAUCGAGAGUUUGAUAGAGCGGGAAUUCCUAGAAAGGGACAAGAACGACCGCAGGUUAUACAGGUACUUGGCUUGAGGCGGAGUCAGAAACUCGUGCGUCGCUGUCCUGUUGGUAACAGAAAAACCGUGUAUAAAGUACCUCGACUGUCCGCACCUUGUUGGGAAAGCUGCACAUAUGGAAGCUAUCCCCCUCAAUGGGCGCCUGUCUCUGUCAUUCAUUCUGGAC